GGGCGCUGCUGCUGUCCCCGCCCCCGGGGCUCGCCCGCCGCUUCCUGCGGGCACGGCCGGGACGGGGCGGCGGCGGCGGCGGAGCGCGGCGGAGCCCGGCGAUGCCGGUGCCCGCCUGCCCGCAGCGCCCUGCCCUCGGCGAGGUGCCGGGUCCCGCCCGCGGCAUGGAGGAGGAGGAGGAGGAGGCGGCGUGCGACGGCGAGGAGCCCUGGCUGGGCAACAGCAACAACAACGCGGCCCCGGGGGGGCGGCCGGGUCCGCGGGGCGUGCGGCCCCCGGGCGGGGAGCCCUCGUACCUGCAGCGCGUGCUGCUGGAGAUCGUGGAGUCGGAGCGCACCUACGCCCGCGACCUGCGCGGCAUCGUGGAGGGCUACCUGGGGAAGAUCAUCGACGCCGAGGAGCCGCCGCUGCGGCCGGAGCAGGUCAGCGCGCUUUUCGGGAACAUCGAGGACAUCUACGAGCUCAGCAGCAACCUGCUGCAGAGCCUGGAGAGCUGCGCCUGCGACCCGGUGGCCGUGGCCGUCUGCUUCGUGACGCGGAGCCAGGAGUUCGACAUCUACACGCAGUACUGCAACAACUACCCCAACUCGGUGGCGGCGCUGAGCGAGUGCAUGAGGAGCAAGCAGCAGGCCCGGUUCUUCCGCGAGUGCCAGGAGCAGAUGCGGCACGCGCUGCCGCUGGGCGCCUACCUGCUGAAGCCCGUCCAGAGGAUCCUCAAGUACCACCUGCUGCUCCAGGAGAUCGCCAAGCACUUUGAGCGCAAGUCGGGGGACGACUACGAGGUGGUGGUGGAGGCCAUCGACACCAUGACCUGCGUGGCCUGGUACAUCAACGACAUGAAGCGCAAGCACGAGCACGCCAUCCGCCAGCAGGAGAUCCAGUCGCUGCUGCUGCAGUGGAAGGGGCCGGACCUGACCAGCUACGGGGAGCUGGUGCUGGAGGGCACCUUCCGCGUGCAGCGGGCGCGCAGCGAGCGCGCCGUCUUCCUCUUCGACAAGCUCCUCCUCAUCACCAAGCGCCGCGGGGACCACUACGUCUACAAGAGCCACAUCCCGUGCUCCUCGCUGAUGCUGAUCGAGAGCACGCGGGACUCGCUCUGCUUCAGCGUGGCUCACUACAAGCACAUCAAGCAGCAGUACGGCCUGCAGGCCAAGAGCGUGGAGGAGAAGCGUGUCUGGACCCACCACAUCAAGCGGCUCAUCCUGGAGAACCACCACGCCAUCGUCCCCCAGAAGGCCAAGGAAGCCAUCCUGGAGAUGGACUUGUUCCACCCCCCGCGCCUGCCCCGCUACAGCCCCGAGCGCCUGCACAGGAGCCGCUCCUGCCAGCCCCUGGACCAGCAGCGCCACGGCCGCCGGCAGUCGGAGCCCUUCCAGCGCUGCGACCACGCCGAGAUGCCGCCGGACCGGCUGCGGGGGCACGCGGGGCGCCGGCAGUCGGGCGCUGAGCCCUCGUGUCCCCCCCAGCAUGCAGGCAGCGAGGGGACCCUCCUGGAGGCGGGGGAGCCCCCGCAGCCCCCCAGGGCCUGGGCUGCAGCUGGGGGCAUCGUGGAGGAGGAGGAGGAAGAGGAGGAGGAAGAGGAGGCUUUGGGCAAGGACAGCCAGGAGGAGCAGGAUGGGGACGGGGACAAGGACGGGGACAUGGUGGAGGAGCCCCAGGAGGAGCAGGGGACCCCAGCAGGGAGCUGCGAGUGGCACCGCGAGGUCACCGCCACCCCGGCAUCACCGGUGUCCCCGCUGCGCACCGGGGAGCUCGGCGAGGGGCUGGAGACCCCUGCGCCCCCCUCCCCAUCGGGGACCCCCCCACCAGGGCUGCCCGAUGGGGAGGGCGACCCCGAGCAGCACCCGGAUACGGAGGGGGGCACUGGGGAGGACCCGCGGGCGUUGAGCAGCGAGGAGGAGGAGGAGGAGGAGGAGGAAGGCCACGGGGAGGGCAGCAUCCUGCCCCCCUCGGUGCUGGACCAGGCCAGCGUCAUCGCCGAGCGCUUCGGCAGCAGCCUGUCGCGCCGCGGCAGCCUGGCGCUGGAGGGGCGCAGCGGCAGCACCCUCAGCCUCGACGGGCCUCCCCCGGAAAGCGGGGCGCCCCGCAGCCCCCCGCCCUCCCCGGAGCCUCCCCCCGGCCCCCGGCGCCGCUCGCUCCUCUCCACCCAGGACCUGCUGCUGCUGCGUAAGAUCCGGAGCUACUACGACAACGCCGAGCACCAGGACGCCGGCUUCAGCAUCAAGCGCCGCGAGAGCCUCUCCUACAUCCCCAAGGGGCUGGUGAGGAACUCGGUCUCCAGAAUCAACAGCUGGCCCCCCCCGGAGCCAGGAAGCCCCAAAACACCCCCAGAGCCAGUGAGCCCUAAAACACCUCCGGAGCCGGUGAGCCCCAAAACGCCUCCGGAGCCCGUGCCGGUGGUGGAUGGAGCAUCCCCUGCGCACCAGGAGAACGGGCUGGAGCCCCCCGCCGAGCCGCUGCUCAUCCUGGAGGAUGGGGACGUUGGUGCCAGGGACCCCCCGGGGGUGCUGGCACUCGGGAGCCCCCCCGGGCGCCCCGCCACCAGGGUGUACCAGCUGGCCCGCCAGUACAGCCUGCGCAUCAAGAGCCGCCGCCGCCGCGCCGGCGUGCCGCUGGGGGACGGUGCCACCCACGCCAGCACCCCAGGUGGGACACGGUGGGGUGGGGGGACCACGGGCACCAUCCCCCCGCCACCGCCCCGCUCUCACCCGCUCUCUUCUCCCCCAGGUUUGCUAAAGCCACCCGUGUCCCCAGGGGACACCGUCACCCCCACGGUAUCCGGUGCCCCCCGCAGCCCGCCCAGCCCCGGCGGUGGCGGCACCGAGCCCUUCUCCUGGCCGGACGUGCGGGAGCUGCGCGCCCGUUUCGGCGCCCCGCGGCCACCACCGGUGACCCGCAGCCGCUCGGCGCCCGAGGGGCCGGGGCGCGGGGGGCGGCCGGCGGCCAAGGAGCGGGGUGGGGGCCGCAGCCGCAGCGCUGAGGCGGGCGUGGGGACCCCCGACCCACGGCGCAGUGGUGGUGGUGGUGGUGGCCACCAUCACCACCAGCAGCCCGGGGGGCUGUGGAUGACGGCGCAGGCGCCCCUGGGCCCCGGGGGGCAGCGGGUGGUGGUGCUGGAGAGGCUGGCCCCCCCUGCUGCCUCCGAGCCCCCCGCCUACGUGCAGAUCCGCUCGCCCACCACCCGCGAGAAGAUCUGCCUGAAGGCGGUGGUGGAGCGCUGCAAAGCCUACCAGGCUUCCGAGGAGUACCGGCGGCGCUGCCCCCCCGGGCAGGGUGAGCCCCCCGAGCCCCCCCGGCACGGCCUCGUCAGGGACCUGCGGCAGAAGUUUCAGACCCUCGACGCCGCCAGCUAGGGGGGGGCAGCCGGGAGAUGGGGCGCCCUGUGGAUCCCCAGGAGAUGGGGCACCCCAUGGACCACCAGGAGACGGGACACACCCUGGAUCCCCAUGACAUGGGGCACCGUGUGGACUACUGAGAGAUGGG